AUGGAGCGCUCGCCGCAGUUUGACGAGGGAUACCACGGCGACACCACUAGCCAGCCGGGCAGCGAUAUGGGCACCAUAACUCCACUCCCAAAUGCGAACGCUGACCUCAAGGUCGCCGUUCUGCAGCUUUCCGCUAAUGCGCGCCGCGAGAUGGUCCGCGAUCUGUGCGCGAGUCUGCCCAAUGCCGUUCGCCUCUCUCUGCUUGACGACAUUGGCGCCAUGGUCUUUCACGACCCAGUGCCGAAGCUUCCCAACGAACUCAUGCUGCACAUCUUUUCCCACCUCUCACCCAAGGACCUGUUGACAUCCUCUGCCGUCUCCCGUCCAUGGCGUGACCGGACACGGGACGAGCAGCUAUGGCGCAACUGCUUCUUCCGCGAAGGAUGGGCCGUGGAUAGGACGAAGCUGCUGGAUCCUGAGGUGAUGGCUAAGAGAAUGGGGGCAAAGUGUGCCGAACGCUACAUGCGUGUAAGGAAGACGGGCAUGCCAGAGAGAAAAAACAAGCCUAGUCUGAUGCGGAGAGACAGCCGGAAGAGACCGCGAGCAGAGGCAUUCAGUGAGAAUGAGAGCAUGAUGGGGCAUCCUGGCGGACAUCUGGAAGGUUCAAGCGAUACGGACGGGCCUAUGGAGGGUGUGGUAUCUACUGAUGCCAGAAGCAUGGAGCGCAAGGAGGACGGCGAGGGCGCCGAGGCUGUUAGGAGGUUCUUGGAUAAUGACGACAGCGAAGACGAUACUGCGCUAGACGCUUCGGACCUUCAAAUACAGCCUUCGCUCUUCAGCGAUGCCCCUGAGCCCAAGCUGAGCUGGUCGUACCUCUACRAGCAUCGCAGGAGGCUGGAAAGCAACUGGGACCAAGGCAAGUGCAAGGUGUUUCGCCUUCCGCAUCCCGCGUACCCGGAAGACGGUCAUGAUGAAUGCGUCUACACUAUUCAGCACCAUGGUAAUACUCUGGUAUCCGGCUCACGCGACAAGACCAUUCGAAUUUGGGAUCUGAAUACCUGCCGUCUCAAGCGUACUCUGCAUGGCCACGAGGCCAGCGUACUUUGCCUUCAAUUCGAUCCUCGACCUGGCCAACAUCGUGACGUAAUAAUCAGCGGGGGAAGUGACAACUUGGUCAUUGUCUGGAGGUUCUCCGAGGGCAGAAUACUCCACAGACUCAAGGCUCACUCCGAGAGCGUGCUCAACCUGCGGUUUGACGAUCGCUAUCUCAUUACCUGCUCCAAGGACAAGUCCAUCAAGAUUUGGAAUCGGCAUCCCUUGUUGCCCAACGACCCGCUCAUCCCUGCGCGUGUACUGCCCAUGUUCGUGCAUACGUUCGAUGCGGACAAGAUGCUGUCAUCAUACACGCUUCUCGAUACUCUGAUGGGCCAUCAAGCGGCUGUGAAUGCCGUACAAAUCAACGGAGAUGUCAUCGUCUCCGCGUCUGGCGACCGCACCAUCAAGUCAUGGGAUCUUCAUACCGGCGCGCACAAGAAAUCAUACAGUGGGCACACCAAAGGCAUAGCAUGUGUCCAAUUUGACGGGCGUCGUAUUGUCAGUGGCUCGUCUGACAACUCGGUGCGGAUCUUCGACUAUCAAACAACGGCGGAGGUAGCCUGUUUAGACGGCCACACCAAUCUUGUGCGUACCGUGCAAGCCCGCUUCGGUGAUAUGGACAUCACCACGGAUGAAGAGCUUCUGGAAYAGUCCCAAGAGGCGGACAGGAACUUCAUGAAAACCCUUGAUAGAGACGGAGAACAUUCACGAGCUCCGGCCCGCAGGCAGCAGCGAAAUGCCGGGUCUAGUCGGCCUGAGGACAUGUCCAGCUUCGGAACGAAGGUGCCGCCCGGCGGCGGAGGUAGCAAGUGGGGCAGAAUCGUGUCGGGAUCCUACGAUGAGUCUGUCAUCAUCUGGAAGCGUGACAAGGAUGGGAAGUGGAAGCCGAACCAACGUCUGAACCAAUCCGCCGGCCAGUCGGUUGGGCGGUCGGCUCCGCGUUUGCAAACACCUCAGGCCGUAAACAAUCCCAAUGCGAUUCAACAAGCCCAGCAAGCCAUUCAGCAAGUCUCGAACACGCUCCUUCAGUCCAAUUCCGGUCCUCCCAUCCAAGGAAAUGCCUUGCAAAACGCGCAAAACGCUGCGAUAGUCACGGUGGUCAGCAAUCUCAACGCCCAAGUGCAGGCCCUCCAGCACCAGCAGAAUAUGCACAAUGCUCCCACGGCCGCAGCGCAGGCUCAUCAACCUCAUGCGCUGCCCGCAGCCGGUCCUGCAGCCGGACAGCCUCAAGGUCACCAUCAUCCUCACCAUCACCCUCACCAUCACCAUCACCACAAUCAUGCCACGCGCUCGGAGACCAACCGCGUUUUCAAGCUCCAGUUCGAUGCUCGGCGCAUCAUCUCCUGCAGCCAGAACAAGAUUGUGGUUGGAUGGGAUUUUGCGAAUGGGGAUCCAGAUCUGGAAUGGGUCGGUGAUUGGAGCCAGGAGACAGCUUGA